AUGUCGGCUGUGGUCCUGGAAAACCGAGGUUUUGGCAGGAAACUCUCUGACGGACAGGAAACAAGCUAUAUUGAAGACAAUUCCAGUCAAGAUGGUGCCAUAUCACUGAUCUUCUCGCUCAAGGAAGAAGUUGGUGCCCUGGCCAAGGUCUUGCGCUUGUUUGAGGAGAAUGAUAUAAACCUGACCCACAUUGAAUCCAGACCUUCGCGCUUGAAGAAAGAUGAGUAUGAAUUUUUUACCUAUCUGGAUAAACGUAGCAUGCCUGUCCUGGCAAACAUCAUCAAGAUCUUGAGGCAUGACAUCGGUGCCACCGUCCAUGAACUUUCCCGGGAUAAGACGAAGGACACAGUGCCCUGGUUCCCAAGAACCAUUCAAGAGCUCGACAGAUUUGCCAACCAGAUCCUCAGCUAUGGAGCGGAACUGGAUGCAGACCACCCUGGUUUUAAGGAUCCUGUGUAUCGAGCAAGACGGAAGCAGUUUGCUGACAUUGCCUACAGCUACCGACAUGGGCAGCCCAUCCCUCGAGUGGAAUACACAGAGGAAGAAAAGAAAACCUGGGGGACGGUGUUCAGGACCCUGAAGUCCUUGUAUAAAACUCAUGCUUGCUAUGAGCACAAUCACAUCUUCCCACUUCUGGAAAAGUACUGUGGCUUCCGCGAAGAUAACAUUCCCCAGCUGGAAGAGGUUUCUCAAUUUCUGCAGACUUGCACUGGAUUCCGCCUCCGACCUGUGGCUGGCCUGCUUUCCUCUCGGGAUUUCUUGGGUGGCCUGGCCUUCCGAGUCUUCCACUGCACUCAAUACAUCAGACAUGGGUCCAAGCCCAUGUACACACCUGAACCUGACAUCUGCCAUGAGCUGCUGGGACAUGUGCCCUUGUUUUCAGAUCGCAGCUUUGCCCAGUUUUCCCAGGAAAUUGGCCUUGCCUCUCUGGGUGCGCCUGACGAGUACAUUGAGAAACUGGCCACGAUUUAUUGGUUUACUGUGGAGUUUGGCCUCUGCAAACAAGGAGACUCCAUAAAGGCAUAUGGUGCUGGGCUCCUAUCAUCCUUUGGUGAAUUACAGUACUGCUUGUCGGGCGAGCCGAAGCUCCUCCCCCUGGAGCUGGAGAAGACAGCCGUCCAGGAGUACACUGUCACAGAGUUCCAGCCCCUCUAUUACGUGGCUGAGAGUUUUAAUGAUGCCAAGGAGAAAGUGAGGAAUUUUGCUGCUACAAUCCCACGGCCCUUCUCAGUUCGUUAUGAUCCAUACACCCAAAGGAUUGAGGUCUUGGACAAUACCCAGCAACUUAAGAUUUUGGCUGACUCCAUCAACAGUGAAGUUGGAAUCCUUUGUAGUGCCCUUCAGAAAAUAAAGUGAAGCCAUGGA